UAAUUAUUAUCAUAGAACACAAUUAUUAAGAGUCAUACAAACCAAGAUUUCUCUUCCUUUUUCUCUCACACAAUACUACAGCCUACUUCCCUCUCUAUAUUCCAACUCUUUUUCGGACUUAGGUUCUCUAACUUCUAUUCUCGAUAAGUUUACCUAAGUGUAACAAUGGUGCAACCCCAUGUCCUCUUAGUGACUUUUCCAGCACAAGGCCAUAUUAAUCCAUGUAUCCAAUUUGCCAUGAGGCUAAUUAGGAUGGGCAUUGAGGUAACUUUUGCCACGAGCGUUUUCGCCCAUCGUCGUAUGGCAAAAACUGCGACUUCCACUCUACCCAAGGGCUUAAAUUUUGCGGCAUUCUCUGACGGAUACGAUGAUGGUUUCAAGGUCGAUGAGCAUGAUUCUCGACAUUACAUGUCGGAGAUAAAAAGUCGCGGUUCUGAAACCCUAAAAGAUAUCAUUUUGAAGAGCUCAGACGAGGGACGUCCUGUGACAUCCCUCGUCUAUUCUCUCUUGCUUCCAUGGGCUGCAAAUGUAGCGCGUGAAUUUCACAUCCCGUGCGCGUUACUAUGGAUUCAACCAGCAACUGUGCUAGACAUAUAUUAUUACUACUUCAAUGGCUAUGAGGAUGCCAUAAAAGGUAGCACCAAUGAUCCAAAUUGGUGUAUUCAAUUGCCUAAGCUUCCAUUACUAAAAAGCCAAGAUCUUCCUUCUUUUUUACUUUCUUCUAGUAAUAAUGAAGGAAAAUAUAGCUUUGCUCUACCAACAUUUAAAGAGCAACUUGACACAUUAGAUGUUGAAGAAAAUCCAAAAGUACUUGUGAACACAUUUGAUGCAUUAGAAAAAGAGGAACUCAAUGCUAUUGAAAAGUAUAGUUUAAUUGGGAUUGGACCAUUGAUUCCUUCAUCAUUCUUGGAUGGAAAAGACCCUUUGGAUUCUUCCUUUGGUGGUGAUCUUUUUCAAAAAUCUAAUGACUAUAUUGAAUGGUUGAACUCAAAGGCUAAUUCAUCUGUGGUUUAUAUCUCAUUUGGGAGUCUCUUGAAUUUGUCAAAAAAUCAAAAGGAGGAGAUCGCAAAAGGGUUGAUUGAGAUUCAAAGGCCAUUCUUGUGGGUAAUAAGAGAUCAAGAAAAUGGUAAAGGAGAUGAAAAAGAAGAAGAGAAAUUAAGUUGCAUGAUGGAGUUGGAAAAGCAAGGGAAAAUAGUACCAUGGUGUUCACAACUUGAAGUUUUAACACAUCCGUCGUUAGGAUGUUUCGUGUCACACUGUGGAUGGAAUUCGACUCUGGAAAGCUUAUCGUCAGGUGUGCCUGUCGUGGCAUUUCCUCAUUGGACGGAUCAAGGGACAAAUGCUAAACUAAUUGAAGAUGUUUGGAAGAUAGGUGUAAGGUUGAAAAAGAAUGAAGAUGGUGUGGUUGAGAGUGAAGAGAUAAAAAGAUGCAUAGAAAUGGUAAUGGAUGGUGGAGAGAAAGGAGAAGAAAUGAGAAGAAAUGCUCAAAAAUGGAAAGAAUUGGCAAGGGAAGCUGUAAAAGAAGGUGGAUCUUCAGAUAUGAAUCUAAAAGCUUUUGUUCAAGAAGUUGGCAAAGGUUGUUGAUAUUUUUCUAAUUAAGCAAUUGUUUUCCUAUUUGUAAUUUGCUUCUUUUUUUUCCUAAUAAAGUUUAGUGUUCAACUUCUAUA